GCGGCGCCCAGCUGCUGAGGGUGACGGCGCCGGCGGAUGCUGCAGACAACGUCCGCGUCGUCCUCCGAGACAAUGAAGACGUGAUGGUGUGGAGCGACGCGCAGGCCAACGGCACGGUCUCGCUGGACGUGCUGGUGAAGCGGCCGGGGGCGGCGGAGGCGACGCGCCGCCGUCUGCUGGAGGCGGGCGCAGCCGUCGAGGUGGCCGUCGACGACCUGCAGCGCGCCAUCGACGAGGAGAACCCGCCCAUGUCCGACGAGGACCUGGACGAUCUGAUGGGCCGCAACGGCCACCGCAUGGAGUGGCAGUCGUACCACCGGCUGGCGGACAUCCACCAAUUCCUCGACUUCCUGGCCGCGACGUACCCGCAGCGCUUCAGCGUGCAGACCAUCGGCAGCUCGGUGCAGGGCCGGCCGCUCAAGGUGGUGCGCGUCUCUUCCGGCAAACCCGGCGCUCCCGCCAUCUGGGUCGACGGAGGUAUCCACGCACGCGAGUGGAUCUCGCCGGCGUCGGUGACGUAUUUCCUGAACACGCUGGUGGACCAGCCAGAGGCGCUGGGAGCGGCGGGCUCUUCCGUGGACUGGUUCGUGCUGCCCGUCGUCAACCCGGACGGCUACGAAUUCUCUCACUCGUCGGACCGGCUGUGGCGCAAGAACCGCGGCGGCAGCGGCAGCGGGCGGUGCGCGGGGAUCGACCUCAACCGCAACUUCGGCUACCGGUGGGGCGGCCAGGGCGCCAGCAGGCGGCCCUGCGACGAGACGUACGCCGGGCCCUCCAAGUUCUCCGAGCCCGAGACCUCCGCCAUCCGUAACUUCGUGUCCGCAAACCGCAACAUAAAGGCGUACGUGUCGUUCCACAGCUACGGGCAGUACGUGCUGUACCCGUGGGGCUACGCGGCGGUGGUGCCGCCGGACCACGAGGAGCUGAAGCGCGUGGGCCAGCGCAUAGCGUCCGCCAUCGCGCGCGGGGGUGGCGGCUCCUACACUGUGGGGCCGGCGGGGGCCACGCUCUACCCCGCCUCUGGCGGCUCUGACGACUGGGCGAAGGGCUCGCAGGGCAUCAAGUACGCGUACACGGUGGAGCUGAGGGACCGCGGCCGGCACGGCUUCGUGCUGCCCGCGCAGUACAUCGUGCCCACCGGGAGGGACGCCGUGGCGGCGCUGGCGGUGGUCGCAGAGGCCGUCACCAAGCUGUGAGCUGCGACAGCCGCUGCGCGCGGGCCGCGGGCCGGUGGCCUCCGCCUCGCCUGGGGCGAUCCUCUGCCCCACAGCGGCCAGUCGUCGACAGCCGUCCCAGCCACAGACUGAAGAAACUUCCAGCCACACACGCACCGUGCUAUGCCGACGGGUGGCCGCCCGCUCUGCAGAUCGUAGUGAGACAGUGUCCCCCCCCCCCCCCCCUCAAUAGUGCUUCAUACUACGGAGUGCUUUCAAGUUCGAACGUAUGCUAUUUUUUUUGUUCUGACGUACUACUUGCACCAGAAACUUUUAGCCUGUUCCUCAGUUCCGUGGCAGCUCACUCACACAACCAUUUUGGCGGCUCAUUUUGUUUCAUUAUUUCGUUAUCACGUGGAAUUCAGCCUUCUUUGCACUGUCCCAUCUAUACAUGGACAUCUUACACAUCCAUCACCAUGUCACUGCUCGGAGACAAUGAAUACCAGUGAGGCUCACUACUGGAAAAUGAAUGACGUGAAUAAUUACACGUUUGUCUUGUACACUGAACAGCGCUAUUUUUAAUAUGGAGAACAUAGCGCAGUCCAGUGGCUGCCGCUUAAACCCUAACCCACUGGAUAAAUUUGCCAUCUCGUGCACCCAUAAACAAAUAAUGCUCGCAUGUUUGAAGCUAAAGUGCGUCUUUCCAUCUGCACUCAGUCGUCCGGGGGAAAAAAUGCAUAUUUCUUCAACUUGAACGCAUCUCGUAGAUCAACAAGGUUAACUGGACACCUAUCGGAAAUUACAGUCUGAACCUAUUGAGCGGUGAACGAGGAUCGACUUUCCUGACAGUGCCCAUUUUCUCGACAUUCUUGCAACUACCUUGCGAAUGUGUAACUACGAAAUGGCAACAUACCGUUCAAAGGAAGCUCUAAUGAACAGGGAGCUCCGCGUGAUGUAGGCCUGCGUCACUGUUCCAAACAUACAAAAUUACUCCCAUCCAGACAUAGCUCAGUUCUAGUGGCGCCACUUCCCCCAGACAGAUUUUACAACAGAAAGUUGUUACAUGAUUUUGACAGUGCUCGCCCACCAAAUAAUCUUUCAUUCCAUAUACAACUUAAGUGCUGACGUACUUCUUGCAACCGCGCUACUGUUAUGUGGAGCAAAAGGUGAUACAACUACUUUCGGCAAAAUACUUGACUAAACUGUACCGAAGGUAAAUCUAACUCCACAUCUAAUCUACUUUUCAGUAUCAUCCCUUGCUAUACACCUGCGUAUAACCCCAAACUUUUCUAAUUUGGCUUUUAUGUUAAUUGCAUGAGAUGUAUGUAGAAUGGAGCAAUAGUUGUUGAUUUGUCUUGAGGUACACGUUCCCUAAUGCUCGACGUAUUUCAUGUGGUGUUCCCAUGAGGGUACAUUGAGAAAUUGAGGGGCGCCCUCGUUGUGAGAGAACCAACGUCUCAUUUAGUUUAUCUCAGGGAAGUUGGAGAAGUUUACAGAGAAGCGUAAAUUGACAACUCAGUGAUGUGCCAACCAAUGGCACAGUUCGAACACUUGAUUACUCCAAUCAGUUCCACAGCAAAGGUAACUGGACAGUUUUACACUGGGCACUUCAGGGAGUCGACGUCGUUCAUGUCGAAAUGCUGAGCUUUAACGAGGACGCAGAAAGUGUCUGAUGUGCAGUUUUGUAUGACAGAGAAGGAGCAAUCGCUGCUUCAAUCUACGCAAGAUCAGUGUAUCAUCUGUAGUACCGACACCGUCUUCAGAAUUCCGUUUACAAGCGUCGGCUUACUCGGAUAUAAUAUCACCUUUUACUCGCUCAAAUGUGUGGCCUGCACUUCCUACUGAAGAUACUCUCGCAGGAGAAAGUGAACUGUUAUACGCACCCUUCUCGCUAUAACCAUAAACAAGAACCGUAGUGGAGUGCAAUCUACUGGUUUCUCUCACUGUGUUGUUGAUGUAAACAUUGUAUCUGUGGAAGGUCCAUUGUCGCAACAUCUGCCAAAUUUCGUAAGAACUGUGUUGGUGAUACAAGUACCAAUUUGACUGUUAUCGUAAGAACUGUGUUGCAGAUGUAAGUACCAAGUUGGCUACUAUCAUUAUGUAAUCACGACACACGUAAGUGCUGUACAUCUGAAAAGUUUAUUAAAAACAAUU